AUGAUCCUUAGCCGUCUCAACAAAAAGCACGUCCCUGUCGAGGUCUAUCCUCUUGUUACAGUUGUGUCUGUGUGUGUACUCGGUGGAAUUGGCAGUAUGGUUCGCAAGUUCUGGACAGAUCCUGAUAUCCGCCACAAGAGUUCUUCUUAA